AUGAAGGAGAGCGACAGAGCGUACGAUCUUAGCUCACCGAACGGUGCAAAUAGUUCGGUGCUGGUAGAGCGUUCGGUGCGAGUAGAGCGUUUGGAGCGAGUAGAGUGUGCGGAGCGAGUUGCGCGUUCAGAGCGAGAAGAGCGUUCGGAGCGAUUAGAGCGUGCGGAGCGAAUAGAGCUUGCGGAGCCAGUAGAGCGUGCAGAGCGAGUAGAGUGUGCGGAGCGAGCAGAGCGUUCGGAGCAAUAUUACCUUGAGAUGGGAUUGGGUAGCUUUGCCGAGUCUCCAUUUACAGGCUGGUACAUUAUACGACAUCACCCAUCUCUUUGUCGCCCAAGAGAAGCUGGAGACGCUGCGAAACCUCUGCCCCCUCUGAAGAACUUUUCCUUGUAA